UGGCGUUCGGCCAUCCAGAAACAAACCAGUUCGAUGACUACUAAUAGUUAUAGCCAGAUGUACUAAUACACAACAAAUCACGGUCCUGCAGAGGGGCGCGCAAAUGAGUUCCUAUUUUGUGAAUCCCACUUUCCCUGGGAGCCUGCCCAGCGGCCAGGACUCCUUCUUGGGCCAGCUGCCCCUCUACCCGGCCGGCUAUGACGCGCUGAGGCCCUUCCCGGCCUCUUACGGGGCGUCGAGUCUUCCGGACAAGACAUACACCUCACCUUGUUUCUAUCAACAGUCCAACUCGGUCCUGGCCUGCAACCGGGCGUCCUACGAGUACGGGGCCUCGUGUUUCUAUUCUGAUAAGGACCUCAGUGGCGCCUCGCCCUCGGGCAAUAGCAAGCAGAGGGGCCCGGGGGAGUACCUGCACUUUUCUCCCGAGCAGCAGUACAAACCUGACAGCAGCAGCGUGCAGGGCAAAGCCCUCCAUGAGGAAGGCAGCGACCGGAAGUACACCAGCCCUGUUUAUCCCUGGAUGCAGCGGAUGAACUCCUGUGCGGGUGCCGUGUAUGGGAGCCACGGGCGCAGAGGCCGCCAGACCUAUACGCGCUACCAGACGCUGGAGCUGGAGAAGGAAUUCCACUUCAACCGCUACCUGACCCGGCGGCGCCGCAUCGAGAUCGCCAACGCGCUCUGCCUCACCGAGCGCCAGAUCAAGAUCUGGUUCCAGAACCGGCGCAUGAAGUGGAAAAAGGAAAAUAAGCUCAUCAAUUCCACGCAGCCCAGCGGGGAAGACUCUGAGGCCAAGGCGGGCGAAUAG